GCCGAACGAGCUGAAGCGAGGUAUCAAUCAGCGAUUUGCACUAGAGGGUGGCUGCACCAUCAAACUGCUUCAUAUUUGCGAUCUGCGCUUUUGUUUAAAACCCGGGUCUAUCUAUACAACACGUUGCCUGGAUUUUAUCUUGUAAACUUAGUACACCUAAUGUGAGAGAGUGGCAAAGAAUACGGAAUCUCAAAUAAAAGAGAUGGGAGCCUUUGGGGUAAUAGUAGGGACUUUACAUUACAUGGGACUCUACAUCCAACUUAGUGCCUCCACAAGGCAAGGUGGACAUGCAGAGGUAGAGAACCACAUCUCCGGGAACGCUGUGUUCACAGAGGUCCCCCAUGACAUCACAGCACAGAGUGGCCAGGACGUGGAGAUGGCGUGCUCCUUCCGGGGGGCAGGACCCUCCUACUCCCUGGAGAUCCAGUGGUGGUACAUCAGGAACCACAGAGACUGGACAGAGAAACAGCCCUGGACCUCCAAUCAGGUUGUACCCCAGGACGAGAUGUCAAAGGAUGCUACCAAAAUAAGUGUGGUAAAGGUUGCUGGGAGCAACAUCUCCCACAAGUUGCGUCUGUCCAGCGUGAAGCCGUCUGACGAGGGCACGUACGAGUGCCGCGUGAUCGACUUCAGCGACACCGAUAGCAAUGCUCGCCACCACAAGGUGAGGGCCUACCUGCAGGUGGAGCCAGAGAGCAACCAUAACCCGGCGCUGCGCCACCAUGGGGCCAACUUUCAAACCAAGGACACCAAGGUUCUGGCAGGCAGCAGCCACCAGCCGGAGCAUGGCAAGCACUCGCCAGCAGCCCACCACAGCCACCACAAACCAACAGGCACUGGCAGGGAGCUGAGGAAGAGGUCUGCUGAGGAUGACAGCGCUACUGACUGCACUGACAGCUGUCCUCUAAGCAUCACAGCUCACCCAUAACCUCCCUAAUCUGCUCCGGCCUCAGCUCCAAGCUCCAACCUUGUCCUACACCCCAGAUGGGCAAGUCCAGUCCUGGAGGACCACAGUGUGUAGAGACUUUUGAUUCAACCACCCCAGCUGUAACAUACAUGAUUCAACUAAAGUCUCUGUAAACACCGCUUCCCCUGUUGCGUACCCCUGCCCUCUGCCCAACAUACACACACCAAAUGGACAUUGGUGCCACCCCAGUCCUAUACCUUGGCCUCUCUCAUCUCCCCUUACACUGCCCCAACUCAACAAUGUCCCACCAAAAACACCUCAGCUCCACUCCCAGUCCCAGCCCCCUCUUUCUAUAUCACAACCCACUAGAUCAGGGGUGUCAAAGUCAUUCUUCCCCGGGGGGCCGCAUUCCAUUUUCAACGAGGUCCAGAGGGCAGCACUGAAAAUUGGUUAUAUUUCCUCACCGUCAAAAUUAGCUAAAAACAGUCCUCUAUCCAUAGUUUUGGGAAUUUAUGACACUCCCUGACUAUCUAGCUUUUAUUUCUGUGAAUAUCAGCGAGCUGGACCUAGUCAAGAAACUGUAUGAAUGUUGAUCCAUUAUAAUUUUUAUACAGUUUUGAUUUGGUUUUAGUCAUUUUAAAGUAUAU